GUAAACCAUCAUUCCUCUACUGAAGUAGACGAAGAAGAAGUAGGAGGGAAAAGAAGAAAAGCAGGAGAUCUGGCGUAUUUCCGUAGAUUAAGCCUGCUCUUCUGAACAGAAUGCUGUUCGUUUUACAUUUUAUGGCUAACACAGAUUUUGCGAGCACGUUCGAUCCUUCGCUUCCAAGAAUUUACUUUCGUCCAGUUUAACAAACGAGCGAGUGAAUCUGGGAGCUGCACUACUGCACACCUUUGAGUAGCAGUAUGAUGCAGGCAGGAGUCUGUCUGAGACAGGACACUGUGACAACACUACCAGAGUUCACUGAGGAGCACAGGAUCAGACAGAAAGAAGAGGAACUCCAUGGUCUGGAGUCUGUCCACAUGGCAGAGUCAGAGACAGAGUGUGCUGCACCAGGACUCGACAAACUGGAGCCAGAGUGUGUUACAGCACACUGUGGGGUCAGUGAUGUACACCACACACACACACCACUGAUUAAAACAGAAACUGAUCUGGGCUCCACCCACACUGGAGAUCUUUUUGAGACUGUGAACAUAGACAAUAAAGAGCUGCGAUAUGUAACCCGUCUGCAGCCUGACCAAAUCAAAACCGAGACUGAUGAUGGAGGAUACCUUAAGACAGAACACAUUGGUGGCUUGCUGGAUAUUAAAUGUGUUAAUAUUAAAACGUGUGAAAUGAAGUGUUAAUCCAGUGAAAGUAUAGUGAGUGAUCUGAUGAAUACUGUGGUAAGUGAAGCUGCAGUUGAUCACAAAGACCAGAUUGAACCAUGGCAAUGUGCCGGAGAGUCAGAACCCAACUGUAAAAAAGAAAUUAAUGAUGUGCCUACCAAAUAUGUGUAUGUAAAUUAUCACUGUGAAAUGAUCACUGAAAGUGGUCACACCAGAAUUGUCCAGAAGAUUACAAACAAUACCAACAAAUAUAAUAAUUUCCAGGGAAUGGAUGUGAUGAAUCAACACAUGAUAAAUAAUUCGAGUAAAAAUCAAAGCGUUUUGAAUUUCCAUCAAAAAAAUAUAAUUUGUAGAAAUAAUGGUGCAACUAAUACAGGUCAAAAGCGUUACAAAUGUUCUCAGUGUGAGAAGUGCUUUAAUUCCAAAUCUGGUUUAAAAAAACACCUGACAAUUCAUACAGGUGAAAAGCCCUGCAAAUGUUCUCAGUGUGGGAAGUGCUUUAAUUACGAAUCUGGUUUAAAAAAACAUCUGACAAUUCAUACAGGUGAUAAGCCCUACAAAUGUUCUCAGUGUGAGAAGUGCUUUAAUUCCAAAUCUGGUUUAAAAGCACACCUGACAAUUCAUACAGGUGAAAAGCCCUACAAAUGUUCUCAGUGUGGGAAGUGUUUUUCCUCAAAAUCUAAUUUAAAUUCCCACCAGCGAAUUCAUACAGAUGAAAAGCGUUACAAAUGUUCUCAAUGUGGGAAGUGCUUUAAUUAUAAAUCUAGUUUCAAUAGCCACCUGAGAAUUCAUACAGGUGAAAAACCCUACAAAUGUUUUCAGUGUGGGAAGUGCUUUGCCUUUAUAUCUUCUUUAAAUAUCCACCAGAGGAUUCACACAAGGAGAAAGCCAUACAAAUGUAGUGAGUGUGGGAAGACUUUUAAAUGGAAAUAUUAUUAUAAGGCACACAAGAUAAUUCAUUCAGGUGAAAUGCCCUUCAAAUGUAGUGAGUGCGAACAGUGUUUUAAUACCAAAUAUCGUUUCAAUCGACACAAGACAUUUCAUAUAGGUAAAAAGUCGAGUGUAGGAAGUGUUUUUCCCAAAUAAAUUAUUGAAAUUGCCACAAGGUGAUUCAUACAGGUGAAAAGCCCUACAAAUGUUCUGUGUGGGAAGUGUUUUUCCCAAAUAUGUAAUUUACAUACCCACCAGAAAAGAAUGAACCUUUAUAAUUUCAGGCCACAUUAUUUAAUUGAAUUUAGCCUACAUAUAAAAUGUCCAGUAUUUAAAUUGUUCUGAACCAUUGUAUAAAAAAAUUGUAUAAGAACCACAGUUUUUCAAUCACAUUUUCUUUAAUAACGAGUGUUUCACCAUUUCUUUUUUUAGAAAAAGUAAUUUCCCUUGGAGUCCAAUUGCUGAUAUAUUGUGAUGAUGAAACUGACACUAGCGUACCUUGUUUGAACGACACAAUGUGAAAACUCUUUGCAUAUACUGCUGUAAGAAACAUGGAUGUAUGUCUUGCCAACAUGUAUCAUAAAACGAACUUAACGGUAUUGGCUUUCUCAGUUGUUUUACUGCCAAUGUAGUGGCUGUGAUGUGUUAAUGAAUUUAGUUUUAAUUCCUGCUGUGCAUUCCUGAACGCUUACUAUGUAUGAAUUGUGUAUGAAAUAAAUUUACAUUGUGAAUGUAAA